AUGAUUCCUUCACAAAGUGGGACAUCAUCAUCCUCUUUUCGUGUUGGCGUUUCCAAUGGCAAUACGAUGAACGCACAUUCAACAGCAGGAGCUAUGGUAGCAGAUUAUUAUAAUCGGACAUUGGUGGUUUUGGGAGAAAAUGUUUUUGAUCCGAAUCAAGCAUUCGUUGAGGAGUUUGAUUUGUUAAUUGAAAGUAAGAAGGCAAAAAAGCAAUUGAAGUACUUAAAACCACAAUGGAGCGUUACACUUGAAACCAUAUUAGAUCAUUGUCGAAUGGUGAAUGAUAUAUUUCCCGAAGAGGCAGGAAUUUGUGUAGCACUCCAACAUCACAGUAGCGAAAUAGCCAUGAUGAACGAUUGGAGUUGGGAACAACAAAGUUUUCUAGCGAUUUCAAGCAAACUUGCUACUGAAAUUGACCAAUUACACGGAACACCAUCGGAUAUUGAAAAAAAGACUUCCCCAUAUCCAUUUCCUACAAUUCAACAGCUUGAAAGAUUAUGUCAAAAUAUAUUUCUACAAAUAUUUUCUCACACCGAUGUCAAAGCAAGAGAGAAGACCCAACACAAUGUGAAUUCUAGUUUUAAAGUAAUUUAUGUCACCAAGUGUUCAUUGGAACAGCAAGAACAUAUGGAGCUUAAAACUCAAUUAAUUGCAAAUUUUGCCACAAUUUUUGAAAAACAAUUUGAAAAAUUUAAAUCUGAAAUUCGACAAUUUAUGCAUCACACUCCGGAUACUAGCUCGACCUUCAAUGUUAUGGAGUACCAACUCAAAAUGCAACAAUUUAAAUUCUUUUCAUCUUUCAGUGAGGAAGAUCUCGACAAACUUUCAUGUACCUUGGAUAUUAUAAUGCCCAUUCCAAAAAUGAAAGAUGUUUUUGAUCAUGUCGAUGAAGAGACAACAUUUGUUUGUCAGACCUUCGAUCAAAAUACCUCACAAUUCAAAAUCAAUCCAGCUCCAUUUGCAUCUGUAAAAAUAUGGGAUAUUGAAAGAGACAGCUUUGAUCGGAUACUACGUGAGAGAAUUGCUCAAAAACAGUAUGGACUUGUAGUUAUUGCUGUACAAGGGAUUCCCAUGAGAGAUGUCUCUGAAGGAACUUCAAACUAUGAUGUAUUCUUGGCAUGCAAAGGCAUCACUUUUGAUAUCAUUCAGGACGUGAAUAUUUCCUCAGGUGUUAUCAAUUUGAAGUGGGUUCGAGCAGAUCCAAACAAAAGAACCAUUGAACACUUGUACACUACAAAAUCUGUACAUAGAAUUACGCCGAUUACUCCCUACACUUUACCGACGAUUUGUUUGAUGCGACACUUGUCCACUAAAAAGCCCGUGACACUCGUCUAUGAAUCAGAAUACAACAAGACACACAAUCACUCACCCACUCAUCUCAUAUUACAACAUGGACAGGAUGUUUAUUUGCAUGUUCUACAUUUGAACAAGGUAUUCCAGCCCUAUGUUUCCAUCUCUCAAAGUGAAGAAAAUACCACAAAGUAUCGAGUGAAUGAAUUUGUGGAUGUCAUUAAUAUCCACUUGGUGAGAAUUAACGUGAAGCGAGACACUGAGAAGAACUCACGCACUACCGAAGAUUCAGAGCAUGCCCUCAUGAAGCAUAAUAAUUUUAUUUACAAUACUCCAUCCAGCAUUGAGAGAAGCACGAGAUUCUUCCCACUGACAGCCGAUGAGACCUCCAUUUUAACAUUUGAAAAUGCUAAAGAAGUUUAUCCAACUCUCUUCUCGAAAAUUAUAACACCUCUCAUGAAUUCACUCCUCAGAAAAUCUCCUGAAAACUUUACAGAACUCGAUAGAAAUGAUUUGGAAAAGAUGCUUACCAAGUUUUACGAGCACUGCAAGAUGAAUGAUGAAUUACUAUUUCCAGAGCUCAAAAAUGAUCAUACCAAACGUUGGAAUGCCUAUCGAAAAGUAUGGGGCGAAUUACGGAUGUUGCUAUUGUCACUAGGUUUUAAGGAAAGUGGAUUAGCUGUGAUGGAUCGAUUGUGGCCUCAAUUUUUCUUUGACAAGGCCCAAGGAGACUCUGACACUACCGGACGACGAGCCAAGAGAGUAGUCGAAGUGCAACGAGAUCGUUAUGGUAAUAUCAUCUUUCCAAUUCCAUUGGGAGCAUUGACAGUAUUGUCGCUUGGAAAAGUGGUCUACGAUCGACCAACUUUCCACACCGACAAGUACAUUUGGCCAGUUGGAUACAAGAGCACUCGAUACUAUACAAGUGUCAAAGACACAAACAAGCGUUGUUUGUACACGUGUGAAAUCAAAGACGGAGGAGAUGCACCAAUUUUUGUGUUGACCUCUGAUGACAAUCCGAACGAAGUCAUUGAGGCACCAAGUGCAACUGCUGCCUGGACUGCCAUUGUAAAACAAAUUAACAAGAUUAAGAGUGAGGAAUCUGGAAAGAGAGUUUUCACAAAUGUGAGUGGACCCGAAUACUUUGGUCUUGCUCACCCAACCAUUAUGAAGCUCAUUUCACAACUGCCCAAUGCAGAGAAAAUCAAUCGACCCAACGCUCCUCAUCAACCUGUGAAAGCUGAAUCAUCAACGAAUGAGCUACAGGAGAACAGUGACGAUGAGUUUUCAUCAGCAGUUAAUGCUGGUGGUGGUGGUGGAAUUUCAACGCCGACACCUAACGCACCAGGCUCAACCGGCAGUCACACACCAACUCCAACACUUCAUCCUUCUCAGUCUCAGACAAGUCUUGCUAAUACUUCUGCAGCUGGUGGUGGUGGCACUGGUGGUACGCCACAAUUAAGCGAUGGAGGUACCAGUGCUCAAGAUGCCGCAACUCAAUCAUCGAGUAAUGGCGCUACAGGUCCUGAUCUUUCAAAGAAACGUGCUAAACGAAAUGAAGCCGUGUUUUAUGAGCGUGACAUGGUUCGAAAUGAAAUUCAAAAAGUACCAUGGACACCAACCACUAAUUUACUUCAAUUCUAUGAGCAGAGAAAUCAAAAGCUUGUUGGAAAGGCUCUAGAUGGAGAAAGCGAAGGAGAAAAAGCUCUCUAUGCACAUUUAAAUCUUCACCAGAGUGAGAAAUCAAGAGACCAACCUUCCUCUUCCUCUACCUCAGGUAAUCAACACGGUCAUGCACAAGGUCAAUAUCAUGGCGGUGGUUCUCGACAACGAAAAUAUGGACAAAAGAGAAAAUUUGCACUCUAUCAGUAG